AUAGGGAUGUUAAAAACUCGACGUCUGUUGUUACACAAAAACAGUUCAGGCUAUGGAUUUGAACUCGGAAGUGAAUUACCCUAUGUGGUUUCAAGGGUAAAACCUCACUCUUUGGCUGAAUUGAAGCAUAUCCGUUGUGGUGACAUUUUGUUAUCAGUCAACGGUAUUGACGUAUCUCGGUUGUCACAUCAACAGUUACUUUCACUCAUCGAGUCUUCCUCAUCGCCCAUUGAGCUUGAAUUCCUUCCCAUACACGAUGAACUGCAAGUCCCUGGUUGUGCCGAACUUUCGUCUCGGUCGGUAAUAGAAAUACCGAAUCCUUGUACAUCUGGAGGUAUGGUUUUACCGGAGGAUAAGCUGGCAGCGAUAGUUCAAUACGUUGGCAAGCUCUCAAUCGCUCAUCAGAUUGUGAUAUCUCAGACCAACCUAACUAGAAAACUGUUGCCUUUGAAACAAAAAGCUGAUCAAAAACAGAUCGAAGGGAUUAAAUUAACAAACAUUGCCCUUUUUGAAGCCAUAUAUGACCGUCUACUUAUCAGAUUUACUUCCAAGAUUUUGCGCUAUUCCGGCAGUGACCUUAUUGACGCAACGGUACUGGAUGACGACCGUCGGUUUUUCUACAUGAUUAUGCGUGCACCCGACUUUCGAUGCCCCGCCGAUGGUGGAUCAGGUGGUACCAGCUUUUCUUGUUUCCUAUUCCGAUGUCUCCCACCAAGUCUUCUGGGUCACCGCAGUCACACAGAUAUUGUCAAUCAGUUCCAGCUCACUUGCCAUCGUGACCGAUUGACUGGGGUUUGUGCGGAGUUUCCUAGGAACGCUGAAACAGUCGUAAGGAUUCUUCGCCACAUUAUCGACCUCCCUAUGAAAGGCUUCGCCAACCUAAUGGAAACUCCCGCGAACCAGUGCCGAUCAAAGUUUGUUGCGAUGCAGGCAGCUUCAACAUGUGGUUUUCGACAGAGGAAUACAAGGCUAAUUGCUGGUCGUGAUUCUUUCAGCGACGUUGGGGUAACGACGCCACAGCUACCAGUGGUUACACCUACCUUCAAACGACCGGCCACAGUCUCCAGGACCUCUGCCAGUCAUAUACUUCACAAACUAUCUAGAGCUGCGUGUCGUCUACGAGAACGGUGGUUCGAUCGACGGGGAUCGGUGGUUCAGGAGGCAUCUCCAUAUGCAGCACGCACUUCCCGACUUGUCCAUCGUGCAUCGCUGCCUUCUCCUACAUCGCAAAAACAACUCCGAACCUCCUUUUUACAUUCUGCAUCCCUUGACGGACUUCAGGAGUACACGGAAGACCAUGAGAUGGCUUCAGUGGCUAGCACAACAGAUUUAGGACGUGGCAAUUAUGACCCGCCAUCUCUUGAUUUCGACUAUUUCCUGAGUGACCCUGCGGCGAUCAGAAGCUUUCGGGCUUUUCUUUCAUCCGAGUACAGCUCGGAACAUUUAGACUUCUGGCUUUCUGCUCGUGACUGGCGGGCUACGUUCUCUAAUUCACAAACAUGUAAUUCAGCAGCCAAGACAAUAUUCAAUACGUUUAUCGACCCCAAUUCUUCAUGUGCGGUCAACAUCGACCAAGAUGCUGUCAAGCAGGCCUCAAAUCAGCUGUCUUGUCCACACGUUGACAUGUUUGCGCAAGCCGAAAGGCAGGUUUAUCAGAUAAUGAAGAUGGACCCGUUUCCUCGAUUUCGGGAUUCCCAGUUCUACCGGGAUUUUCUCACAUCACUCCGGCAACAAUCUUCAGAGGGCAAGGAGAAUUUUUCUCCCACUACAGACAUGGUUACAACUUCGUGUGUGCCGAAGAACCGGUCUACUGGAAGAGUGACUGGACGUCUAUCCACUCCAAACUGCGCGACCGUUAUUUCUACUCCAACUUGCCGCAUGUCGUUGGACAACAUGAUAACGGAAGAUUCAACCCCAGUCCCGCGGUUGAGGUCUGCUUGUCGUAGCUGGUCUACCAGAACGAAAAAGAAAAGGAAAAGUACUCACGUGUCCUACGGAAUCGCUCCAACAUACGGUGAUAAAAGACGGCAAUCUUGGUGCGAACACGCUGGAGUCAGUCAGUGCCUGCUAUCCGGCGAAGUUCAUCAUCAUCAUCAUCGACAGCAUGACAUCAGUGUACAACACCAAUGCUUCACUGCCGUACAACCAUGA